CAGCGGCGCCGCGUCUUUGGGCUGCCAAGGCGCGCACCACGCGAUCGGACACACUACGAUCGACGAGGCAGCAUCUUCGCCGACACAGCAACUCGCAGCACAAGAGGACACAGCGGCUGCCAGCACGCACGAGGACCGAGCGCGGCGUCGAGUAAAGGCAGGACACACCGGGCGCGGCGUCGACGCCACACCAACCAGAGAUAAAGCCAUGGAGGUGGGGUCCGACGGGAGGCCGUCCAUCCUGCGGAACAAGAUGGGCAAGUUCGUGACGCCGACGCCCAAGUCCGUGGGCAUCACGAUGCUGGACAACUUCCCCAACCUGGAACCGCGGUACAAGCUCUCGGAGAAGAGCACGUACCUGCACGUGAAUUUGCUCCACGUGCUGAAGAUCCCGGACUGCGUCUUCACCAUGAACCACCUGACGCGCCUCGACUUUGGCCUGAACGAGAUCGCGCUGCUGAGCCCGGCGGUGGGCCAGCUCCAGAAUCUGGAGCAGCUGUGGCUGAACAACAACCCGCUCACGAGCCUGCCGCCGGAGCUCCACCUGUGCAAGAAGCUGCGGGUCCUGGACGUGCGGGAGACGAAGAUGGUCGCGCUGCCGCGGGAGCUGGGCCGCCUGGAGGAGUGGCACGAGAUCGACCUGACGGACACGCCGCUGAUGGAGGACCUCAAAAAGGCCGACAUCUACGCGGACCCGUGGGACACGCCGAAGCUCGUCGCGCACCUGGACCUGAUGGACAAGCGGGCAACGCUUCGCGAGGCCUUGUUCGAGAAGGCCUGCGCCGGCGUGUACCUGGAGAUCGCGGACGACCCGGCCCACCGCGACCGCAUUUCCAUGUUAGUCGACGCGAUUGCCGACGCGUUCCCCCUGCCGGCGGAGAUGAAAAACGUCGUGCGGCACUGCGACCGGUUGAUGCCGAAGGACCCGUCCUCGGAUUUCCCGAAGAACCACGCGGCCCGCAUCCGAGCCAAGUUCGUCGCGCUGCGGCGAGACAACGAAAAGAAAAAGUUACAGGCCGAGCUCGAACUCAAGAUGCGCGCGCUGUACUACGACGUCAUCGACCCGACGCACGUCGAGAAGUACAUCAAGGCCAUCUACCAGGACCCGCGCAAGCUCGAGGAGCGGCCCGAGGACGCAUCUGGGGACGAGUUGCCGCUGGAACUCGAGGACAUCCAAUUCUUGAUCAAGAACGCGCCGCGGCUGCUGCCGAAGACGCCGAAGGAGAUCACGGGCCACGGCGUCCGGGCCGCGGUCUGGCGACUGCAGCAGGAGCUGCGGGACGAGCGCGAAAAGUGCGUCCGGGCCGUUUGCGGAGCGUUGAAAACCUUGUACGCGGACACGGAACCGCCCCUCGUGCUCAAGCUCGGCCGGGACACGUGCAAGCUCUUCGAGCGCGACCGCUUCGCGACGAAGAAGGAACUCGCGGAACUGAAAAAAUUGGCCGCGGACGCGUCGGCGCUCUUCCCUACAGAUUUCCACGACGCGAAGCCAAAGCGGGUGAAGAAGAAAUUCGUCGAGCAGAAGCGGGCGGAGACGGCGGGGACGACGCAGUAAUAUGGAUUAGUCUAGCC